UCGUAGUUUACAGCAAGUUACGACGUUGGCGACGGCGGGGUUGUUUCGGUCGUUUGCUUGCGAUAAAAUAACAUUUUCCACGUGAGGCCACCAAGCCACAGCCGAGGAAGGAUAUGCCUUAAUGUAUUUUAUACCUGAAGCCGGCAUCAGCGAGACGACCUCCCGUCCGUACAUCAUCCACAUGAGGAAUGCCGGCAGCAUGCAGCCCGCCGGCAGACGAGGUGCCGGCGUCUGGCUGCAGACCAGAAGCCUCCUCUACAAGAACCUGCUCAUCAAGUGGAGGACCAAGCAGCAGAGCCUCCAGGAGCUGAUCCUUCCCCUGCUGCUCCUCGGGCUCCUCAUACUCAUCAGCACCCUGAACCCCCACGUUUACCACGGAGACGUCAGCACGGUGGCGCUGGAGAGAGACGACCACUUCAAGGACAUCAAGGGCCUGGGAUACACGCCCAUCACCAACAUCACCAGCCACAUCAUGGAGGAGGUGGCGCAGGUCAUAAACAUGCAGGAUCGUCUGGAGAUGUUUGCCACGGAGGAGGAUCUGGAGAACGCCAGCCUCUACGAGCCGUCCAGCUACAUCGGGGUGGUGUUCUUGGACGGUUCUGCCACGUCCUACAGACUCCGCUUCCCGUACAACAAGCUGCCGCUGCCCAGCGACUACACCGAGUCCAUCGCCAACUGCAUAGACCGGUCGGUGAACUGCAGAGCUGCGAACUACUGGUACUCUGGAUUCAUCCGGCUCCAGUCUCAGAUCGACGCUGCCAUAAUUCAGAUGCACACCAAGCGCUCGGUGUGGAGCGAGCUGGACGUGAACGUGGUGAUGAUGGGUCAGCCGGGCUCCGUGGAGGUGCACAAGUUCCCCCACGCCCUCAUCUCCAUCUACCUGGUCCUGGCCUUCACGCCCUUCGUCACCUUCCUCAUCGUCAACGUGGCGGCCGAGAAGGAGCAUCGGCUCAAGGACACCAUGACUAUGAUGGGGCUGUAUGACACUUCCUUCUGGUUAUCGUGGGGCCUCCUGUACGCAGCUCUGGUCACCGCCAUGUCCAUCCUGAUGGCCGUCAUCUCCACCUUCACAGCCCUCUUCCCCAACAGCGACUUCUUCGUCAUCUUCCUCCUCAUAUUCCUCUAUGGAAUAUCAUCUAUCUUCUUCUCCUUCAUGCUGACUCCGUUGUUCAAGAAGCCCAAGUUCGCCAGCACCGUGGGCUCCAUGCUGACCGUGGUGUUCGGCUGCUUGUCGCUCUUCACCGUGCUGAUGAAGGACUUCCCCCAGCCGCUGGUCUGGCUGCUCUGCCUGCUGUCCCCCAGCGCCUUCUCCAUCGGCAUCGCACAGGUGGUCUACCUGGAGGCGCAGGGAGACGGCGCUGUGUUUUCCUCCCUGGUCAACGGCCCUCAUCCGCUGUACGUCCCGCUGAUCAUGCUGGUGGUGGACUGCGUCCUCUACCUCCUGCUGGCAGUCUACCUGGACCAGGUUUUGCCCGGUGAGUUCGGACUGAGGAGGUCCCUGGUCUACUUCCUGAAGCCGUCCUACUGGUCCAAACAAAGGAGGCGCUACGUUGAAGUGAGCUCCGUGUACGACGCCGAGUCGAAUGGAGCCGCCGCUGGAGACGAGUCCGUCGAACCCGUUUCCCCCGAGUUCAGGGGCAAAGAAGCCAUCCGCAUCCACAACAUCCGUAAAGUUUACAAAGACAAGGACAACGUGGUGGAGGCUCUGAGAGGCCUGACGUUCGACAUCUACGAGGGCCAGAUCACGGCUCUGCUGGGGCACAGCGGCGCCGGGAAGUCCACCCUCAUGAACAUCCUGUGUGGCAUCUGCCCCCCCACCAACGGGGCCGCCAGCAUCUACGGCUCCCCCGUGGCGGAGAUCGCCGAGGGCUCGGAGAUGAAGCAGCUGGUGGGAAUCUGCCCUCAGUUCAACAUCAUCUUUGACGUCCUCACCGUGGAGGAACACCUCAGGAUAUUCGCCGCCAUCAAAGGGAUCCCGCCGGCGGACGUAGACUCUGAGGUCACCAAAGUCCUGAAGGACCUGGACUUGGAGAAGAUCAUGAGUGCUCAGGCCAAAAACCUGAGUGGGGGCCAGAAGAGGAAGCUGUCCGUGGGCAUCGCCAUCCUCGGAGAUCCCAAGAUCCUGCUGCUGGACGAACCCACGGCCGGCAUGGACCCCUGCUCCAGACACCAGGUCUGGUCUCUGCUGAAGACUCGCCGAGCCGGCAGAGUCAUCGUGCUCAGCACGCACUACAUGGACGAGGCCGACAUCCUGGCUGAUCGUAAAGCUGUGAUCUCGCAGGGGCAACUGAAAUGUGUCGGCUCCUCCUUCUACCUCAAGAUCAAGUGUGGAGUCGGAUAUCAUCUCCGGAUGUCCAUCGGCGAGGGAUGUGAUGCGGAGAAGAUGAGCGCAUUGGUCCAGCACCACGUCCCCAAAGCCCAGUUGUCCCGCCAGCACGAAGCAGAGCUGACCUUCACGCUGCCCUUCGAGAGCAUGAACACCUUUUCAGGUUUGUUCUCGGAGUUGGACUCGAAGCCGGAGAUGGGGAUAAGUAACUACGGGGUUUCCAUGACAACGUUAGAAGAUGUUUUCCUCCGUCUGGAGGCGGAGGCUGAAGUAGAUCAAGCUGACUACAGCGUUUUUAACCGAGAGACGGCGGAGGACGAGAGCGACAACGUCUCCCUGGACGACACGGACCAGCGGCUGCUCACCUUCCCGGCCGGCAAGUCGGACGUGGUGUCGGGCCACGCUCUGUGGCGGCAGCAGUUCAGCGCCGUGGCCUGGCUGCACAUGCUCAACAUGCGCCGCGAGUGGAAGGCCUUCGCCUACACGCUGGUGUUGUUCCUGCUGUUUGUCGCCGCCGUCCUCGUCGUGUCUCUGGUCACGGGAAACAUCCAGAUCAACUCGCCACAGCGCCAGUUUCUGCCCAUUUACCUCCUGAGAAGGAAUCAGGCGCCGCGGAGAUACGCCACGAGCCUCCUGGUUCACAACUCCUCAGACUCCGACAUUUCCGACUUCAUUCACAACCUGGAAUCUCAGGACAUCAGAGUGGAGCUGAUGAAGCACGGCGACUACAUGUCCGCAGCGCCUCACAGCGCUGCCAUCAACGUGUCGGGAUCCAGCAAGGUCUUCAGAUACGGCAUUGCUUUCAACAGCACCACGGUCCACUCUUUACCCAUGGCCGUGAACAUCCUGAGCAACGCGCUCCUCCGAGGCCUGAACGGCUCGGGGCAGAUCCGGACCUGGACCAAACCCUUUGACUACCAAAUCCCCGACGCCACAUCCUACGCCCUGGUCUACAUCGAGGCCGUCAUGCUGGGAAUGCUGGCGGCGGGAAUGCCCGCCUACUUCGCCAUGGACCACACCCGAGAUCGAGAGAUCAAAUGUCGCUCGACGCUGCGCAUCUCUGGUCUGGUGCCGUCGGCCUACUGGUGCGGCCAGGCCGCCGUGGACAUCCCCUUCUACUACUUCAUCCUGUCCUGCAUGUGCAUCGUCCUCUUCUCCUUCCACUCCGGAAACCUGCUCACUUCCAGCAACCUGACGGCCGUGGUCCUCUGCACCGUUGGCUUCGGCCCCGCCAUGAUCCUCUUCACGUACGUGUUUUCCUUCGGGUUCACACGAGUCCAGAGCAACAGGGACUUCUUCUCCUUCAUCUCCAUGAUGGUGUGUGUGGUGUCGGCCUCGGCGGUUCAGUUGUUUAUGAAUGAAAACCCUGAUCUGACCAGGACGCUGCACAACUUCUUGUGUCUCUUCAACCCGCUGUACCCUCUCAUGGGAUGCCUCAACUGCAUCACCAAGGCGACCUUCCUGCCGUCUUCCUACGAGGAGAACUUCUUGUGGAAAAACCUGCUCAUUUCAGUCGUAGCUCCCUACCUGCAGUGCAUCCUGCUGCUUUUCCUGCUUCGCUGGCUGGAGAUCCGUUACGGAGGGAGAGCGAUGAAGGACGAUCAGCUCUGCAGGAUCUCAUCCAAAGCGAAGCCCAAAUUGGAUCGGAUCCCAGAUGAAGGUCUGAACGAAGAUGAGGAUGUUCAGAUGGAGAAGGCCAGAGUGAAGGAGGCCCUCACCUGUCAGUCCUGUGAGGAGAAACCAGCGGUGGUUGUGAGUAACCUCAGGAAGCAGUACAAAGGCAGAAAAGAAGAUUUUCCCUUCACCAAGAGGACAAAAGUGGCCACAAAGAACGUCUCCUUCUGCGUUCGUAAAGGUGAAGUUCUGGGACUUUUAGGCCCCAAUGGGUCGGGAAAAAGCACCAUCAUGCACAUGUUGUCAGGUGACACUGACCCCACUGCAGGACAGGUGCUGAUGGGAGAUUACAGCACUGAGUUCUGCCCAGUGGACGCUCCGCUGGAGCACGUGGGCUACUGUCCACAGGUGAACCCCCUGUGGCCCCGGAUCACUCUGCAGGAGCACCUGGAGAUCUACGCCGCCAUCAAGGGUCUGAAAGGGCAGGACGUUCCCGGCAUCGUCAAACGCGUGGUGAACGCUCUGGAGCUGAAGGACCACCUGAACAAACCGGCCAAGCACCUGUCGGCAGGACUCAAGCGGAAGUUGUGCUUCGCCCUGAGCAUGAUCGGGAACCCGCAGAUCGUCCUGCUGGACGAGCCGUCGUCGGGGAUGGACCCAAAGUCCAAGCAACGCAUGUGGAGGGCCAUGCGUGCUGCGUUCAAGAACCGCCAGCGGGGAGCCAUCCUCACCACCCACUACAUGGAGGAGGCUGAAGCCGUGUGCGACCGCGUCGCCAUCGUGGUCUCUGGCCAGCUGAGAUGCAUCGGCUCCAUCCAGCAUCUGAAAGGGAAGUACGGUCGAGGUUACAGUCUGGAGGUGAAGCUCCGGGAGGAGCUGACGGGGCUCCAGCAGGUGGCGCUGCUGCACAAGGAGAUCCUCCGGAUCUUCCCUCACGCUGCCCGGCAGGAGAGCUUUGCCACUCUGAUGGUUUACAAGAUCCCGAUGGAGGACGUCGGAUCACUGGCCAAGUGUUUCUUGGAUUUGGAGAGCGCCAAACAAAGCUUCAACUUCGAGGAGUACAGCUUCUCCCAGUCCAGUUUAGAGCAGGUCUUCAUGGAGUUUGCCAAGGAGCAGGAGAAGGAGGAGGAUGAGGUCGGCUGCCUCAGCACCACCUUCCAGUGGCAGCGCCUGCAGCCGGACAGCUCCGCCUCCGUCAACCACUCCGACAGCGUCGUCCACCAGCUGUGAAGAUGUUUUCCUGCCGCGGCGCGGCUGCCGCCCCCCGCUGUACUGUACCCGGGACUGACGGCGGCGGCUCACACGCUGGGACUGGCGGCGUGUUCAGGACCGAGCCGUGCACGUGUCUCCCCCCGGCGGUCACAUGGAGAACACGCGGUCGCCAGCAUGCUGAGGCCACGCCCACGGGCCGUCGCCACGGCGACCUCGGACUCAUUUAUCCCUCGUCGUCCACGGAGACGCUCCACCGUCCCGUCGCCUGUUUCUGUUUCUCGUGUUUGUGAAACUGUUUUUAAACGUCAACCUGAAGAUGAAUCAGUGAUGGAACCAAAGCAGCACGUGUGAGGCUCCGCCUCCUUUCGCCGUUGCCUCCUCCUCCUCUGCUGGCACUGCGUUCUUCUUCUUCUCCUCCUCUGCUGGCGCUGCGUUCUUCUUCUUCUCCUCCUCUGCUGGCGCUGCAUUCUUUAUUCUUCUUCUUCUUCUUCUCCUUCUCCUCCACCUCUGCUGGUGCUGCAUUCUUCUCCUCCUACUCCUCCUCCUCCUCCUCUUUAGUCCAGUUUGAGGUUUGUUGUUUCUGCACCAGUAGAAGGAGUUUAUGAUCCGGAGGCGCCGCAAGGUUUCACCAGCACAACAGUCUGUGAGGAAGGAUGUCAACGCCUCCGUAGCCAUGACGACGGCAGUAUAUAAUUGAGAAGAUAAACGUCCUUGAGGAGCGUUUGUUAUUUAGCAGUUCAACGCCGAAAAGGAAGUCAACUUUUUUAAAUUUGCUAUUUUUCGCCCGUGAAGUUUGACUUCUUUGUUCUUCUUUAUUUACCGUUCUUGUUACCCUCCGGCUUGUCAAUGAAAAUGAAAACUAUGAAAACGUUUUCUUCAAAAAUCCACAAGUUUGUACUUUUUUUACUUUUCAUAAUUCACUAAUUCAAGGUUUAUUGUGUUUUUAAGUCAGACGUUGAGGUGUUUUUGUUGUUGGCUUUCAGAUUUGCGCGUCCUAAAGUCAGUUCCUGGAUCGUUGCAGAUUUGUAAAAGUAAAUUUUGUGAUUUUCAUGCAACUUAAACACUUUUUUUUUACUUCAUCACACUCGCUUAGCUGUUUUUUUUUUUUUUUUUAUUUCACCUCCUCGGACGACCUCCAUGUUCACAUCCAGCUCGGCUCGGUGAGCAGCUGGGUUGAUCCGACUAACUGGAGUUUAAUUUGAAGUCUGAAUUUUCAAAUCUCGGACGGUCGACGCUUCAAAUCCUCACCCCGCUGCAGUUUUUCAGAGUAAAAAGCUGCAAACGUUGUGAUGCUUUCUCUUCAGUGCCACGUUUAAUCCGCUGUUAUUUACCUGCGUGUGUGCGUCUGCUGUAAAUACAUUAUCCGGUGUUUAUAAAACCAGGUGACGUCGGUGCAAUAUCUAUCAACAAAUUGUAAUUUUUCCGUGACGUCCAGGUGAGACGACCUUGGUUUAAAGGGAUAUUUAAUGACUAAGGUAUUAAUGAGUCGUGUUUUUCACGUCCGUGAGACACAACUGGAUCAGAUUCGUCUGAACUCAGUCUUGAAUAAAACCUGGCGGUGGGUUUUUCAGUCGUUCAGACCGUCAGGGACGAGUCGCCUUCCUCCGUUCAUCUGCAGCCUCCCCUUGUCUUCAACUGACAUUGUUUUCCGUCACAAAUAUAUUUGCGUCCUUAAAAACACUCUAUGGAAGUUUUUUUUACACACAUGAAGCUGUUUUCGUCCUACAACAAGCAAACACUGGUUCUGCUGAACAUUAAGUGCUUUUAUUUUAAUUUCCUCGUGUAUAUACUUAAUUUUUCCUUUGUGAAUGCGAUGCAGGGCGUUGCCGAAGCGUCGGUCCCACUCGCACCCGUCCACAACACAACCGCUCCCUUGUCAUUGCACUUCUCUAACUUCUGUUUACAGAUCGGCAGAAUUGUGUUUUAGUUCAAUAUGUUGUCACUUCAAAAUGAGCUAAAUACACGAAGCCGCUGUGGGAAAGUGGAGCGAUCAGGUGACGGGUGGAGAAUCAGUUUCAGUUGAUUUUCCUGGGGUUGGUGGUGAAAUUGCACUAUUUCUGGGAAAUUUUGUAACUGUUAUUCAUAUUAUGCAAUCUUUGUAAGAUUUUCUGUGCACUGAUUUUUAUUUUUUAAAGUAUGUGGUGUCAUGUGCUGUGUUUUGACUCUUGUAUCAUCUCCAUGUCUGGACGGACACUCGUCUGUGAAGAACUUUGUGGUCACUGAACGACCUUUUCAUUAAUAAAUGUAUAUUGGAAUUA